AUGGCCUUUUCCAACCAGUCCUUGUUCAACGCCACUUCGGGGCCCCUCCGCCUGCCUCUCACAGUCCUUGAAACAGUCUUACCGGGCACCUCCUUGCUCGCCGGCUUUCUCCUUGGAUUCGGCGUGGAUGCCUCCUUGUUGAUCUCUUGGAUAGCCGUCAUUACCGCUGCAUGGGCAACCAUGCGGUUUGGCCUGGUGGCCUUCAUCGACUCUCUCUUGAAGGCAUUCACCUCGUGCGUGGUUGUGGAAGAAUACGACCCCAUCUACAGCCAUGUUCUCAGCUGGGCCAGCGCCCAAAAGAGUCUACAGAAUAUACGAUCGCUGCGAACACAAACCGCGGGGCAAUACUACGACGCGUUUGCCGACGGCGCUGACGAGGAUGACAAUCAUCAGCUGCAGCUUCGAGAGACCAUGUCAGAGGAUCUGAUCUUCAACUUCAACAGUUGGGCUGCCCGUGCGCCGCCGCAAUAUCGACCUCACUCAUCCUCGGGUUGGUUCCUGCAUGACUACCGCUUGUUCCGGGUGUCCAGGACUCGUGACCGUGUGGCUAGCGAGAUUGGUUUUGUAUAUGAGAAAGAGCGGUUGGAUAUUUUAGUUCUCUGGCUGUCCCCGAAGCCCAUCAAAAAGUUGAUUGAAGAAGCACGAGAGUUUGUCCUUGCUCGUCGAACAUCUACGACCACGAUCAAACGUCCUACACCAAAAUCACAGCGGAAUUCUCGUCACCAGGCCUGGACGACAAUGGCAAGCAGACCUAGUAGAUCUAUGGCGACAGUUGUGCUGGACAACUAUCAGAAGGCCCACAUUCUGAAAGAUUUCAACGAAUUUCUCCAUCCGCGGACUGCACGAUGGUAUAGCAAUCGAGGUAUACCGUACAGGCGAGGCUAUCUAUUCCAUGGGCCCCCUGGGACCGGCAAGACAUCACUCUCUUUUGCACUGGCAGGGGUAUUCGGACUCGAUAUCUACUCAUUUGCGCUGUCCGAGGCGACGCUCACGGAAGAAGAUCUAGUCUUACUGUUUAAUAGCUUGCCAAAACGAUGCAUCCUCCUCCUUGAAGAUGUCGAUACGGCUGGCCUAGGACGGGCACCAAGUACCAAGCGCGAGAGCAAGCACACGUCCAUGAACUCGUCCGCAACCACCAAAGACGAACAGAACAAACGAGGUUCGCUCUUGCACCAGGAUGAAGAGGAGGAGGAGAUUCAAAGCUCCGCUACACCUACAGCCUCAACACCGAGUCUGCCUGGUGCAGUCGCAAAAGAACCAACCUUCAAGAACACAGUCACCCUUUCAGGCCUGCUGAACGCUAUAGAUGGCGUCGCAUCUCAAGAGGGCAGGGUGCUUAUCAUGACCACAAACCAUCCGGAGAGGCUGGACCCGGCACUGGUUCGGCCAGGCCGGGUAGACUUGUCCAUCAAGUUUGAUCUGGCGAAUCGACAACAGGUCAAGGACCUUUUCAUGCGCAUGUACUGUGCCGAUACGCUUGAGAUGACAAGGCAACCUACCAAGAUUAGCCACAUAUUACCGAACAAAGUCGUACCUGGAGAUGAGGAUGGUCAAGCAUCCAGCAUCGGCACCGAUGGUGGUAAGGAACAUCGUGUGCACUACGACAAGGAAAGUGGCUCUGCUCCCCCACUCAUCUCCCAGCUUGCUGAAGAGUUCGCAAAUGCUCUUCCCGAUCGAACCUUUUCGCCCGCAGAGAUUCAGGGCUUUCUCCUUGUGCGGAAGGGAGACCCUUCGCAAGCGCUGUCGGAUGUCACUGCGUGGCGCCACGACCAACUGCAGAAGAAGCUCAGGCAGACAACCGAGGGCAUUGAUGAUUGUAAGGUCCAACCACACGGGUUGAAGGUCAAUGCGGAGAGUAGACCUUCGGCCUCGGCUUGGGAAACUAACAUUGGCCCGGGGAAAGUGGCGGAGAGUCCAGCUGUGGCUCACGUCAACGGCGCUUCACCUGCGUCUGGCGACGCUUCUUUGAGAACGUUGACGCGGAAAGCUGAUGUCACCAAGCUGCAGGAAUCCUCCGAGCUGGGCAACGGCACACGUACACUACCUUCGGCCACGCAGGUAGCCAAGGCAACAACAAAUGCUUCUGCCAAUGAUACCUCAGGACUCGGCACUCCGCCAUCGACCGAAUGCCGCAGUGACGCGACAACCAUUUGUGAGACUUCAAGGGACCUUCACGCAAAGAUUAUAUCCAACACAGGAGCACAUCGACUCGAGACACAUGAACCCACGUCUAGGCCCAAGCAUGAUUUGCAAGACUGUCCGGGCUCAGAAGUCGAGGCUGGCGAAAUCGAUGAUGAGCAUACGCUCAACGAUGGAAGCACGCCCGGCAACGACAUUGACUACGAUGACCAAGGAAUUAACGACGGUGACGAUGACGAUGACGAUGACGACAACUACGACUACAACAAUUCCGAUAGCAGGCAAAUCACCCAGGCAUGGUUCAUUCCCCACGGAGCCAGAGGCGGAAGUCCACGCACCGUCUUUGGCCCCUCGCGCAGAAUGUAA